AUGGCGCAAGCAAAUGUCCCAGCUACGGAUCCCAGCGUCUACAGCGCGUACCAAGACCAAUGGUCUUCACUUCCUACCACAGCAGAAGGUUGGAUCAGCAGAGCGCGGGAAGUGGCCGAAGUCCUGUCUCGAGAUGCCGCACAAAGAGACCAGGAGAACAAAUCGCCCCGAGCCGAGGUGGCUCUGCUGAAGCAUUCCGGAUUGCUGAAGCUGCUUGGUCCUAAGAGAUACGGAGGAGGUGAACAGCCCUGGGAGGUAGGGUACAAAGCCAUCCGAGAAGUGGCUAAGGCGGAUGGUUCCAUCGGCAUGCUGCUCGGCUACCAUCUACUCUGGUCCACUACCGCCAAUGUAGUCGGCACCCCUGACCAAAUCGAGCGCACUCAUGAGCGGAUCAUCACCAACAACUACUUCGUUGGUGGGGCGGUCAACCCGCGUGACAGCGACCUCCAAAUCACCUCAGAUGGGGACCAGAUCGUCUUCAAUGGCGCCAAGUUCUUCAACACAGGGGGCGUGGUCUCUGACCUCACCGUGCUUGAGGGCGUCCUCGAGGGCACGGACCAACACAUCUUCGCCCUCGUGGACACCCGACAGCCCGGGAUCCAAUUCGCGCACAACUGGCAGAACAUCGGUUUGCGUCUGACUGAGUCCGGGGGUGUGAAGAUCGAGAACGUCCGCGCCCCCUGGACCGACGCGCUGGGCUGGGAUACAUCAACCAAGCAACCACGGCAGGAUGUGCUCGGCGUCCCCUUCGCCAGCUUGCUGCUACCAACCAUCCAACUAGUCUUCAGCAACUUCUAUCUGGGCAUCGCCUUGGGUGCCCUCGACUUCGCCGCCAGAUACACUACCGCCCACACGCGCGCCUGGCCCUUCGGCGGCGACAACAAGGCCGCCGCCACCGACGAGUUCUACAUCCUGGAGCGGUACGGGAACUUCUUUGCGCAUCUGCGCGCCACGGAAGCGCUGGCUGAUCGCGCGGGCGGGCAGCUCUCCGGCCUGUAUGCGCGACACGCUGCGGACAGAUCGGUGCUGACGGCAGAGGAACGCGGGGAGGUGGCCGAGUGGAUCGCGAGCGUCAAGGUCGUCACCACGGACGUCGGGCUGCGGGUCACUAAUGGCAUCUUCGAGGUGACGGGGGCGAGGGCUACCUCUCUAAAGGUCGGGCUCGAUCGGUUCUGGCGGGAUAUUCGCACGCACACGCUGCAUGAUCCGGUGGCGUAUAAGAAUCGGGAGCUGGGCCGGUAUGUUCUGUUGGGGGAGCUACCGGCGCCGACGUGGUAUACCUAG